AGGUGGACACACGAAUAGGCUACGGGCUGGAGAGGAGCGGGUGACGGAGAGAGGGAUUCAAACCUGCGGCCGCUUGGGCUGGGUCGGAGCUGCGGGGGGCCUGGGUGGAGAGAGGGGAGAAGAGAGAAGGAAGGAGAGCGCCUGCCGGGACGGCUGAGCUGGCUCGGGGAGCAGCCUUGGGGUUGCAGGCUCUUGUGGGAGAUGCUGCUGCUGCUUCCAGGCCGGCCAGAGCGGUUCUAACACCCUCGCCUCUCACCCUCUCCUCCCUGCAAAUCUCUAGAAAAACGUUCCUGGCCUCUCCGCCGCGACAUUCUCAGCCUGCAUCUCCCUACAGUCUAGGCGGCGCGCUCCCGCACGCUGGAGCACUGGGCGCCAGCGGGACGCCCUCUCCCGCGCCGGCUCGCCCCUCUCUGCCCUGCUGCUGCUGCUCCUAUGACACCUCCGCCCCCACCAUCUCCAGCUCGGAGAGACGCCUCCCAGCCGCGGCCGGCGCUCGCUGCCCCGGGUCACGCGCGGAAGAGAGGCGCUAGUCCGCACCCUGCCCUCGGUAGGGGGCGUCCUGGAGCGGAGAGUGAGGCUAGUGGUAUAUGAGUAUGCGGGUAGCCCACCAUGAAGCCCGAGCUUCUGACUUGAGCCAGCCCCGCCUAGCCCCACUCGGGCCGGCGCCCGGCGAGCGAGCCCAUCUGUGGCUUCCGCGGCCGCCUCCUCCUUGCAUCCUUGCACCUCCUCGUCGACCCCUCCCUCCCGGGACCUGCAUCCUGCUCCACCAAUCAGAGUCCGACUGUCUCUUCCCACGUGACCCCGGGCGGGCUGAGGACCUGCUGCUUCCCAAACGCCAGAGGGAUGCGGGCGGCAGAGCUUGAUAGGCGGCUGCCGGGCUGCGGGGCGCCUUGACUCUCCCUCCACCCUGCCUCCUCGGGCUCCUCUCCUCUGCCCCUGGACUCCCAUCUCCUCCUGUCCCCCGGCUUCCCAGAGUUCCCUCCUUAUGGCAGCAGCUUCCCGCGUCUCCGGCGCAGCUUCUCAGCAGACGACCCUCUCGCUCCCGGGGCUGAGCCCAGUCCCUGGAUGUUGCUGAAACUCUCGAGAUCAUGCGCGGGUUUGGCUGCUGCUUCCCGGCCGGGUGCCACUGCCACCGCCGCCGCUUCUGCUGCCGCCGUCCGCGGGAUGCUCAGUAGUCCGCUGCCCGGCCCCCGCGAUCCUGUGUUCCUCGGAAGCCGUUUGCUGCUGCAGAGUUGCGCGAACUAGUCAUGGUGCUGUGGGAGUCCCCGCGGCAGUGCAGCAGCUGGACACUUUGCGAGGGCUUUUGCUGGCUGCUGCUGCUGCCCGUCAUGCUACUCAUCGUAGCCCGCCCGGUGAAGCUCGCUGCUUUCCCUACCUCCUUAAGUGACUGCCAAACACCCACCGGCUGGAAUUGCUCUGGUUAUGAUGACAGAGAAAAUGAUCUCUUCCUCUGUGACACCAACACCUGUAAAUUUGAUGGGGAAUGUUUAAGAAUUGGAGACACUGUGACUUGCGUCUGUCAGUUCAAGUGCAACAAUGACUAUGUGCCUGUGUGUGGCUCCAAUGGGGAGAGCUACCAGAAUGAGUGUUACCUGCGACAGGCUGCAUGCAAACAGCAGAGUGAGAUACUUGUGGUGUCAGAAGGAUCAUGUGCCACAGAUGCAGGAUCAGGAUCUGGAGAUGGAGUCCAUGAAGGCUCUGGAGAAACUAGUCAAAAGGAGACAUCCACCUGUGAUAUUUGCCAGUUUGGUGCAGAAUGUGAUGAAGAUGCCGAGGACGUCUGGUGUGUGUGUAAUAUUGACUGUUCUCAAACCAACUUCAAUCCCCUCUGUGCUUCUGAUGGGAAAUCUUAUGAUAAUGCAUGUCAAAUCAAAGAAGCAUCGUGUCAGAAACAAGAGAAAAUUGAAGUCAUGUCUUUGGGUCGAUGUCAAGAUAACACAACUACAACUACUAAGUCUGAAGAUGGGCAUUAUGCAAGAACAGAUUAUGCAGAGAAUGCUAACAAAUUAGAAGAAAGUGCCAGAGAACACCACAUACCUUGUCCGGAACAUUACAAUGGCUUCUGCAUGCAUGGGAAGUGUGAGCAUUCUAUCAAUAUGCAGGAGCCGUCUUGCAGGUGUGAUGCUGGUUAUACUGGACAACACUGUGAAAAAAAGGACUACAGUGUUCUAUACGUUGUUCCCGGUCCUGUACGAUUUCAGUAUGUCUUAAUCGCAGCUGUGAUUGGAACGAUUCAGAUUGCUGUCAUCUGUGUGGUGGUCCUCUGCAUCACAAGGAAAUGCCCCAGAAGCAACAGAAUUCACAGACAGAAGCAAAAUACAGGGCACUACAGUUCAGACAACACAACAAGAGCGUCCACGAGGUUAAUCUAAAGGGAGCAUGUUUCACAGUGGCUGGACUACCGAGAGCUUGGACUACACAAUACAGUAUUAUAGACAAAAGAAUAAGACAAGAGAUCUACACAUGUUGCCUUGCAUUUGUGGUAAUCUACACCAAUGAAAACAUGUACUACAGCUAUAUUUGAUUAUGUAUGGAUAUAUUUGAAAUAGUAUACAUUGUCUUGAUGUUUUUUCUGUAAUGUAAAUAAACUAUUUAUAUCACACAAUAUAGUUUUUUCUUUCCCAUGUAUUUGUUAUAUAUAAUAAAUACUCAGUGAUGAGAAAAAAUUGGCAUUCUUAAAUUUGCGGUAUCUCAUAACUGUAAAUAUAAUCAGACUAGUACAAUCUGUACAGCUACCAAUAUUUCAUGUUUCUUCUCAUCUUGAGACAGCACAUUAGUUUGUACAGGACUCAGUGGCUAGGUUUUGAGUGAUUCCAAGAUCAAGGGAAAUGAUGGUUAUUGGAAAAGAGAAAAAAAUAAUUUACUUUUUAUCAAGUGAGGAUAAAAUAUUUCAGAUCUUUGAAUCAUCUCUAUUUCAUCAACUUUCUUCCCUGGCCUUCCAUUUUCAUCCCUAGAGCAGAAAGAUCUCUGGCAUAUAAACUAAAUAAAAGAAGAAGGGGAGGGAAAGUGUUUAUAACUCAUAAAGGAGAGGGAAAGAAGAUAUUGGUUUUUAUUGGGGAAGUAGCUUAGAAUCCCCCAGUUAAGUGCAUGUAUCUGAAGGAUACUGAACAAGUUACAUACUAGGUAUACACAGAGUGGCAAAAUACAUUCCAUUUAGGUGGGUGGAAUUACCAGGGGAAAAACGUAAUAAUACCAUUAAAUGUGAAACACCAAAGUCGUGAUUUCUCAAGAGCACCAUACUAUAUUUAUAGUAUAUGGUUCUUUGAAAAGAAGUUAGAAUCACAACCAAUACCCCAUGAAUAGUUUUAUGGCUAAUGCAGCACCGUAAUUUGUAAGGGAUGAUGACAAUAUUUCAUGAAAACAGAGAUAUGUUUUGAGCAUAUUUAUAUGGUGAGGUAAGAAAGAAAAUCUUAUAGCAUCUGAAAAACCUCAGUGGGAAGUUGGUAUGGAUUUUUGUUUGAUUUGUGCAUACAAAUAGGUAUCACAACUUGGUUUGGAAAAAAUAAGCUGUGAAAAGUCUCAAGGAAUAAGAUGAAAAUAAAUCAAUUAUUAUCAUUUAGCUCUGCAAAGCUUUCCAUGGCUAACACAGUAAAUUUAAAUAAAGCUCUCUUUGUCUCCUUCAAA